CAACUGCAUAUGGUAUAUAUAUAUGCCUAAUUAAUAAUUUUUGUCUCCAAAAAUGUACUUUAUAAAAUAAGCUAAUGAAAACAUAUAUUGCAAAAGAUAAUCAAUACACAUGCGUAUGGAUCCAGGAUGUGCGUAUUGGUAACAAGUAAUAUACUGUACUAAAUUACUAAUACUUAUAUUGUUAAACUAACUCUAUGUUUUCUAGCUGAUAAUGUUAUCCUUAAUAAACUAACAAUAUAUGUUUAAUUUUAUGGGGGCCUCCCAAAUGAUAAGCAAUAAAUAUUGAUGCAAAAUGUGUAUAAAUACACACACAAAUCGGCCACACCUCUUGAACACUCAUCAUCACUUUGGUCGGCCGCUUUCUUCCUUCCUUCCUCCUCAAAUAAUCUACACAUAUAUAACAUCCCUCUUAGUUUCUCUGUGGAUCCAUUGAGACAUAUAUCAUAAGUAACAAUGGUGCCAUACCAAGAACUCACUCUUCAGAGAAGCUUCAGCUACAACUCAAGAAAGAUCAAUCCAGUGACUUCUCCGGCGCGUAGCUCACACGUUCGUUCUCCUUCUUCCUCCGCCUUAAUCCCAAGCAUACCUGAGCACGAACUCUUCCUCGUUCCUUGCCGGAGAUGCUCCUAUGUCCCUCUCUCCUCCUCAUCGUCGGCCUCUCACAAUAUCGGGAAAUUUCACUUGAAGUUUUCUUUGCUCUUGCGUUCUUUCAUCAACAUCAUUAACAUCCCCGCUUGCAAAAUGCUCUCUCUUCCCUCUCCGCCGUCUUCUUCUUCCAGCGUCUCUAACCAACUGAUCUCACUCGUUACCGGUGGAUCCUCUUCUCUCGGGAGAAGAGUCACCGGGACUCUGUACGGACACAAAAGAGGCCACGUCACGUUUUCGGUCCAGUACAACCAAAGAUCCGACCCGGUCUUGCUCCUCGACCUGGCCAUGUCAACGGCAACUCUCGUCAAAGAGAUGUCGUCGGGGCUCGUCAGGAUCGCGUUGGAGUGCGAGAAGCGUCAUCGAUCAGGUACGAAGCUUUUCCAAGAGCCCAAAUGGACGAUGUACUGCAACGGGAGGAAGUGCGGCUACGCUGUGUCACGUGGCGGCGCGUGUACUGAUACAGAUUGGCGCGUGUUGAACACGGUAUCUAGGGUUACUGUUGGAGCCGGAGUUAUUCCGACGCCGAAAACUAUUGAUGACGUGUCCGGUGUUGGUAGUGGAACGGAGCUUGGUGAGUUGUUGUAUAUGAGAGGCAAAUUUGAACGAGUCGUUGGGAGCCGUGACUCGGAGGCGUUUUACAUGAUGAACCCGGACAAAAACGGAGGUCCAGAACUCAGUAUUUUUCUUCUUAGAAUAUAAUAAAGAAUAAAAUGGUUUUUAAAGAGAAUUUGACUUCUUAAAAGUUUGAAAAUGUCUUUAAAUGACGUAUUAUUAUGUAUAUGUAAUAUGAUUGCAAUGUUGUGUCAUGAGAUAUAUGUAAGCGAUAUUGAUAUGAAAGAAAGAGAGAGGGGCCUAGAGUAUGAUAAGGUUUUGUUUUUCUAGUUGUUUAUUUGAUGUGUGGUAUUUUUGUAUCUUUGUUAUUGAUCAAUAAGAAGAAAAGAAGGAUUUGAUUAUUAUUAGUUUGUGGUUGCUUAUAUGCAAGGCAUGAAGAUCCCCACAUGGUCCGUCAUGAUUAAUGCCAAAUUUAAGAUUCUUGUUGUCUUUUAUUAUAAUCUCUGUUUAAUUUG